CCUGAAUGCAACAACAGCCCGUUUACUCAGAGAGACAGCUAUCAGACGGAGAGGAGCAGCGUGGAUCUUGAAACUGAACCGCGAGUUAACGGGCCACAUUCCUCCUCAACUGGUCGUCAUGGCACCCACUCAUAGUUUACCAACGUCGAUAACUACCGUUGCUAAGGUUCCGAAAAUGGUCCAUUAGGAGCAGAGGAUGCCAGUUAUGAGUCAAGGCAGUCCCUGUCUGUGGACUCAGCUCCCCCAGAGCAGUCGGUCCCCAUGUGACCGCUACAAGCAUGCCUGCUGCAGCUAUGAUGGAAAUGUCUACAUCCUGGGAGGCAGAGACAACAGCUGCCUGAGGGACUUCUGGAGGUACAGUGUAGUGUGUAAUGAGUGGACAGAGCUGAGCUGCACCGGUGAAGCUGCACCAGAAGAGGUAGAGGAACAUUCGAUGGUGGCUCACGAGGGCUUCCUGUAUGUGUUUGGAGGCAUGUUGGAUUCUGCAUACACCAAGUGCAGAUGUGCCCUGUGGGUGUUUGAUAUCGCAAAGCAGAAAUGGGUACACUGCCAGGGAAAGACGAGCUCCCCUCAGACCCAAAUGCCAACCAACAGAAAGGGACACAGUGCUGUGGUGGUUGGCUCUGACAUGCUGGUUUAUGGAGGUUUCAUAGACAUGAAAGGAUCCUCACAGGACUUCUGGAGACUGGAUUUUGAUACCAUGGCUUGGUCCCUGCUGAGUCGGUCUCAGCAGGGCUCAUUAGGCCCAGGCCCCAGACACAGCCAUUCAGCCGUGGCCUACCAGGAUUGCAUGUUCCUGUACGGGGGCUUGAAAGGCUUACGGGAGCAGAAAGACUUCUGGCAGUGGAAUUCCACCAGCCGCACGUGGAGUUCCCUCAGAACCAAGUCUGGUCCUUCCAAACUGAGGGGCCACUCAGCUGUGACCUACAAGGACAGCAUGCUUCUUUUUGGGGGAGGCGAGAGCCAGAACUCUCCAAAGAACUGCCUGUGGAGGUACAGCUUCACCACUCAGACCUGGGGCCAGGUUGCUACACUCCCAGGUUCGUGCCCCCCAGACAAGAUUCAUCACUGCUGCACUGGACUGGGUCCCAGCUACAAGUCCAACACCAGCAGCCCUUCCCCUAGCUCAGGACUCCAACCCAGGCUACUGGAUGACAAACCCAGGCCCUUCAAGAACAAGUGUUUCCCCGCGCCUCUCACUUUUCUAGGAUCAGAGCCCGGAAUAGAGCUGGAGACGUUCAGUCUGGACAAGUGCUAUGGCAGCAGAACACUCCCAAAAUCUUCAGAAGUGGACAAUAGCAAAGAGGGCUCGGUGGGAAAAGACCCACAGCACAUUGGAACCUGCCUGACCUUUGAGAACAAAGCUUUCAGCACACAGUGGAGCGUCACAGAGGAAGACCUGCUCAAUGAGGAGGAUGGCAAUAUAGUCCAGCACCUGCCUGACCUGCUGCUGGUCUUUGGAGGAAGACCUUGCACCAGUCACAGCCCAAUGUCCAUAUGGCAAAUGACUCUCACUGACUCAUAACAGCCAAUGAAAAACAAACUAUUUUUUUCUUAAUGUUAGUAAGUAUAAAAAACAGUGUUAUAUCUUUAUGUUCAAAGGGUUUACAGGUAUUGUGUAAAUAAGAAAAUGACUUAAUAUGUUUCUGUAUUUAGUUAGUUAGUUGUUAGUUGUGAGGUUUUGGUUUGUGAAUUUAUGUGUCAUGUAUCUGCACAUAUCCUUUUUGCAGUCCUCCAAAAAUGACUGGGCCACCGGGCCACAACUUAGACCAGCUGUGUACCACAGUUUGGACUUUAGUUGUACGGGAAGUCUGUGGCAUAUUUCAGGACACAAGCUGCCAGAUCUGGUUAAGGAACUGCACAGUUUCCUUUACAUAAUACUAAGUUGACAAUAUGGAGAUAAUAACUGCCUGCAAUAUAACCUAAAUUACACACAGUGGCGCCACAGCUCAGCAUUCUGUUGUCCUCUCUGUCUAACCAGUAACUGCAGUUCAGGUCAGGCACAGUUACGUUUAUGUGCUGCAGCUAGUCAACAACAUAAAGAAAAGCACAUAAAGAACGUCUCUUGCUUUCAGAUGAAUUUCAAAUGAUUGUGAGCACAGAGGCAGUUUUCAAAAUAAAAUGUUUACAAUUAAUGUAAUUCAAAAACAAUUCUUACUGAGCCCUUAGUGUACGGCUUUUCUUUCCCACUAUGUAAAGGAUAAACCCGGUAACCACUGUAGUCUGACUCCCUCAUCAUCAUGAUUUUUUUUUCUCUUCCCUCAGUCAGACAGAGUUGUGUAUUUUCAGCAUUAGAUCCAAUAAGCAUUGUGCUUAAAGAUGCAAAAAUUGUUAGUUAUUACUAAGUCCUUUGUAUCUGUGAUGUUAACACAAUUAUUACAUAACAUACCUCUAUCCCCAUAUACAUGUAGUUCCACACACUGUAAAACCUAACAUUACAUCUCAAUAAAAGAAAUAACUUAAUCUUGGAAAAAAGUUG